GGCCUUAAAGGUGCUAAUUGGGUAUAGUUCUCAAAUUAGUUGUCCUGCAUGCAUGUACACGUCGUGCUGAUUCAUCAAUCGCUGCUUUUUGAGAGUGUUCUUUAUCGAUUAACAUCGUCUUUCAUAUAUUGUUUAAACGAUAACUACAGAAAUUGACGAUAAGGAUGGCCGAACAUAAUCCAGUUGAUCCAAAUGAGGUAGAGAAAGAUCAGAAUCAGGUGAGGGGAGAUGGUGCUGCAUCGGCUGCAAAUGUCAAUCCGCAGAAUGGACAUUUGGCAGCUAACAACAAUGGAGCUCAAGCAGUUGAUGAACCGGAAAUUUUACCUUACACAACUGAUGAUGAUUUUUCUGAUAUCCGGGAUAAGGAUAAACAUGUCGAAGUGAUUGGUUACGUAGAUGAGGUACAUGCACCAACAGUGGUUGGUCGAUUGAAGAAAUAUGAUCUCUUCAAAUUUGUGUUGAACAAUAACAGCCAGAGUAGAGUGACAUACUUAGUCUGGGGAACACCAAUAAUUAAAAAACAUGUCGACUCCAUUGCUAUUGAUAAUAUUGUACACAUUGAAUCUGCCACAAGUAAGUCUGUGGCGCAAGAACAGAUGAAAAAUAACUUGAUUGGGAUGGAGUUAUUGAUAAAGGACGAUACUAUUGUAACUGUACUAGGAAAACAUACUGCCCCUACCCCUGACUUAAUUGUCCCAACUGAAUUUACAACUGUACAAUUGGCAGAGACUGGAAAAUCUCAGGGAAUCAUAGGUGUUGAAGGACACAUCAAGAUUAAGUUCUACAAGCCUGAGGCUAAAUUCAAUACUGAAGUUGGGGGCGAUGGCUGCAUAACUGAUGGCCAGUACAAAGUUACCAUAAACAUUUCAAAUUACCAAGGAUUGAAUUUUGAAAAAGGUGUUCGUGUGAAGGUCAUAGGAACAGUGGAUACCAGUGGAGCAGGACCAGUAUCCAUAAAAUGCAUAAAUGACUUAUGUGUGACUGAAGUUGAAGGCGCUCCCAAAAUGUCUGCUGCGGAUGUCUCUCGCGGAAACAAGACACCUAAGAGAGGACGCGAUUAGUCAUAUGUCAUCAUUAAUUCACUACCAUACUUAUUUAUUUGCAUCAGUUAGCUUUUCCAUUUUUUGUGCCUCCUUUAUUUGCUAAAUAUUCCUCUAUAUAAACUCGAAGUAUUGACGUAUUAUACUGCGAUAUGGUAUAAUGAGGUGAUAAGGUAAAGUAAAAGUCUAAUGUACGAGAGCAGUAUUGUUUGAAAUAAGGGUAUUUAUAUACUUUUUUACUUUAAACUUCGAACUAAAUGAAAAGUGAUAUUACUUGGUAAAAAUGUUGAAAGUAAAUUUUAUGUCUAACGUCAUAAGUAAACAUGCAUACACUAUUUAAUAUGUUUAUGUAAUAUGUUCUGAUACAUUAUUCAUAAGUAUAUAUAGAUAAUAUAUAUUUAUUUGAAAAAUAGCAUAUAGACGUAUGUAUAGCAUUUGAAGCAUUGCUUAUUUUAAAUUAAUGUAAUAACAGAACUGUUUUAUUUAAUGACUGACCAGUAAUAUAAUAGUUUUAUGCAAAGUUCCUAUCUAAAUAUAAAAGUUCAAUACAUACUUUGAGUAAACAUGGAAAGUGAGAAUAAUAUAGAGUAAUUUUUAGAAUACGAAAUGUAAUACUUUUGUAAAUUUAGUAUUCUUAUGAGUAAAUGUGUUUGUUUACAAUGUUUGCGAAUAGCAGUAGUUGGAAAUAGUACAUAUAGCCAGUCACAUGCCUAUAAGGCUAUCCAAAUAAUAUUUUUACAUUGUAAAAAUCGAGGCGAAAAAGAUUUUGUAAGGUGAUAUAAUCACUUAAAAUUUCUAUAUGUUAUGUUCGAAUAAUUAUGUAACAACUGUUUUGAUAACAUUUUAAUAUACUUGUACGAUGUAAAAUUUUGUAAAAGGAGAUACUAUUCAAUAAAAAUUUUCUACCAUGAUCUGGUUCAUAUGGAUCUGCAGUUUUCUGUUAUUAAAAUAAAUAAAAAUAACAGAAUUUUGGUCUCAUUAAUAGGGUUUUGUUCAAAUAAUUUUUUUCACCCCUGAUCAUUCAACAGGAUUUUUAAAGCAAUACCAAUUUUUGUUUUUUUUUUUUUAAUUUUAUAAGCACAUGAAGUAAUAUAGUUGGAUUAAAUGUGCUGAGUAAACUUUGGUUUGGAAUUUUUUUUAGGAUUUCAUUGA